GUUUUGCUUGGACUCUAUCUUCCAAGUACCAACUUCACCACCACCCUCCUUUUGGGGUCACGUUCGACCCUUCUUCUUCCUCCGCCGCAGGCCCAAACGACGGCGAAGAGACGCUAUGGAAAGGCUUCUGUAUUCUCCUUCUCCGACCUCCCUCAAGAUUAACCUCAAUUCAUCUCUUACUCUUCUCUGGUCUGGUCGCAUUGACUCUCUGAAGCUCAAUUUUCCCCUCCCGACGCUCCAUGGACUCAAGCCGCUCGGUUUGACCUUCUGUAAGAACGAGAAGCCUUCUAUGUCUUCGUUUUGUUGCCUUUCUUCCUCGAAUUGGUUGAGCGAUUCGAUUUUCCCGUCCGAUUCUCUUGCCGGCUCGCCUAAGCCUGAUUUCCUGGAACAUUUCGCAGGAAAGGAGAAGGUGAAAAGGUCACUCUGUGUUCUUUCUGCUCUUGUUCUGAUCCUGAUCCAACCAGGCCUUGCGCCAGCAGCUUUUGCAUCCUUUCAAAAUGCAGCAGCUAAAACUGGAGGUCCUGCAGCUGCUGUCGUUGGGCGACGACUGAUCCAGAGUGAACUAUUAAGUAGUGCUUGGACAGGGUUUUUUGCUGGUUGCUUACAUACACUAUCAGGACCAGAUCACCUUGCUGCUCUUGCACCACUUUCAAUUGGCUGCAAUCGCAUGGAAAGUGCUGCAGUUGGGGCACUUUGGGGGUGUGGCCAUGAUGCAGGUCAGGUCAUUUUUGGCUUACUAUUUCUACUUUUAAAAGAUAAGCUUCACAUUGAAAUUCUCAGAACUUGGGGCACAAUAGUAGUAGGUAUGACUUUAUUUAUAAUAGGUGUUAUGGGUAUUAGGGAAGUUUCAGAAGUCCGUACACCAUGUGUGGCUCUAGAAAAUGGUGAGUGUGAUGUCGGCAUCUAUGAAACACUAGAGAAACCAAUGGUUGUGGGAAAGAAAAAGAAGAAAAAGAUUGGUUUUGCUACUUUUGCCACUGGAGUUGUCCAUGGUCUGCAACCUGAUGCACUUAUGAUAGUCUUGCCUGCCCUUGCCUUGCCUUCCCGUGUAGCCGGCGCUGCCUUUCUUCUUAUGUUUUUAGUUGGAACAGUUCUUUCAAUGGGAAGCUAUACUGCUUUCAUAGGCUCGUUUAGCGAGGCGUUGAAGGACAGAGUGCCUAGAAUAACUGAAAGACUGACCUGGGCUGCUUCUUUUGUAGCCAUUGCUCUUGGCCUUGCCAUUAUCAUCACCCACUUUCUUGGUUUUAGCCUCUACUGAUCGGCUUUACCCACCACCACACGCUAUUAUCCUUUCCCCUAGUCCCUUUCAGCGCCAGAUAUAAAGUUAUUAGUAUUGAGGAGUAGCAAAAAUUCUCUCUCAAGAUUUUAUCUUUACUGCCCCCUUUGGAUCUUGUUUGUAGUACGGAUCUCAUAUUGUUUAAAAAGGUUGCCAUGAUCUUCUUCCUGUGGCCAUAAUCCAAAUCCAAACCCAAAUCCCCCAUUCAAGAACAGUUAAAGAUUGACAUAGUUCUGUGCAUAAUGGCUAAAAGACUUGACUGAAAUCUGUGAGAUGGGUUCAUUUUUUGUUAGAUAUUCUGCCUGUGGCCAUAAUCCAAAUCCCCCAUUCAAGAACAGUUAAAGAUUGACAAGGUUCUGUGCAAAAUGGCUAAAGACUUGAUUGAAAUCUGUGAGAUGGGUUUUUUUUUUUUUUUUUUUUUGUUAGAUUGAGAAAGUAGCACUAUUUUCUGUAUAGGUUCAUGUAAUGGACAGGUGUACUUUGUAUUCUUUUACAAAAAAUGUUUUUCAAACUACUACCAUUCUUCUUCCCCAAGCCUCUCAUUGUUUAUUUCUUUUUGUUGAAAUGAUGAGUGAUCUGAUCUUAUCUUGAACAAUGUGUUUAUGUAUUUGUGAUGUGAUGUGACUUAGAUUGACUAAUGAAAGUAGUUUGGACUGGGGAAAGACGACUUUGAAUUUUCCCAAGCACAUUAAUGGAUGAA